CUUCUACUCCCUGGGAACGGAACCGAGGCCACCCCACCCUCCCCCCUUCCCCUUCCCUAGGGUUUCCUCCCGAUCCACCGCCCACCUCCAUGGCCAAGACCAAGCAGGGCAAGAGGGACGUCGACUCCUACACCAUCAAGGGCACCACUAAGGUCGUCCGAGUCGGGGACUGCGUGCUGAUGCGCUCGUCGGACAAGGACAAUCCCCCCUACGUCGCCCGGGUUGAGAGCCUGGAGUCUGACGGGCGGGGGAGCUUGCGUGUGCGGGUGCGGUGGUACUACCGGCCGGAGGAGUCCAAGGGCGGCCGGCGGCAGUUCCACGGGGCCAAGGAGCUCUUCCUCUCCGACCACUUCGACACGCAGAGCGCGCACACCAUCGAGGGGCAGUGCAUCGUCCACCCCUUCAAGACAUACACCAAGCUAGAUAACGUCGGCCCGGAGGACUUCUUCUGCCGAUUCGAGUACAAGGCCGCCACUGGCGCCUUCACCCCUGACCGUGUCGCAGUGUACUGCAAGUGCGAGAUGCCCUACAACCCUGAUGAUCUCAUGGUGCAGUGUGAGGGAUGCAAAGACUGGUUCCACCCAUCCUGUAUGGGAAUGACCAUUGAACAGACCAAAAAGUUAGAUUAUUUCAUGUGCUCGGAUUGUGCUAAAGAAAAUGGAACAAAGAGACCUUCAUAUUCAGACCCCGCUUCGCCAAGUUCUGAUUCUAAGGUUCAGCCAAAAAGGCGGAAGAGGUAAUUGCGGCAAGAUGUACCAUUCCCGGUGAGGAGAUGCACUGUUUAUGGCGCCAGCUCCUCAUUGCUGGUGCAAACUAAAACGCGACGAUGUACAGUGCGAGAGAAGAGCUAGCAGGCUAUUUAACUUUAGGACUGGAACCAUGUUGCUGCUGUAUCCUUGGAGCGUUUCGUGCAGUCUAGUUAUCAGUGAGGCUCGGUUAACUCCCCGCCACCGCUGGAGCAGCCAUGACCUACUGGAGGUGUUGGGGAAGGAAGUCGGGAACGGUGGCGUGUUUUAGACUCUUGUCAAAGUAGCCCCGGUGUGUUGUACUGCCAUGUCAGCUUGUGUUAACCUUGCUUGAAAGCGUUCCCUGUGUCCGUGCGAGUGAUGAUGAUAGCUUGGCUGUUAGCCUGUUACAGUCUCGUAGUUUAGAUGUAUCAAGAGUUGUACGAACAGGUUAUCUGCAAUAAUGAUGAAUGAUGAUGAUAUCCACUGGUUGAUUUCUCCACUGGAGCACCAGUAGGCUGCAGAGUACAUAAGAUUUUCUACUAA